GAACCCGUGUUAAUGUCCUCAUCGAUGAACUCACCGCUGACUCACCGAACACUUCUUUCAUGGCGUCCGGGAACACACGCUGAACUUUAGACAACUAUCAAAAAGGCUCCACGACACAACCAUGCUAGGGCAGAGUUCUGUAAGGGUUGUAUUGUUGGCAGUUGCCAUUGGUUUGUAUCUCAUUCCCUCCCCUAUUGAUCCUGAGCCUUACAUAUUUGAGGGACCACCUCCUGCCCUGGACGGUCCUUUGGCGGUGAACACACGUCUACAGAGAGGUCGACGGCUGUUUUCUGGUCAACUCAAAGGCCCGGAGUCCUUUACGGCAGACCAGAACGGAAACAUCUACACAGGGACUGUUGAUGGGAAGCUGUGGAGAAUCAACAAUGAAUCCCUCACUUUCAUCACUCAGAUGGGCCAGAACAUCCCUGAAUGUGGCACAUGUAUGGACUAUGAGCCGGUAUGUGGCCGUCCACAUGGCCUGCGAUUGGACCGUGACGGGCAGCUUAUCGUGGCUGACUCCUACUUGGGUCUUUUCAAAGUUGACCCUUGGACGGGAGAGAAGACAUUGCUCCAUUCCAGCAAAGAGGGAGCUGAUGGGAUUCCCUUUGGCUUUCUAAAUGGUCUGGAGAUUUCUAAAAAUGGAACCGUGUAUUUCACGGACUCCAGCAGUAAAUGGGGAAGACGUCAUGUCCGUUAUGAGGUUUUGGAGACGAACCAACUGGGUCCUCUCUCGUAUGACCCCGUGACCGGUGACGUUCGGACAUUGUUGGAUUCUCUCUACAUGCCCAAUGGCUUUGCCUUCUCACCUGAUGAGGACUUCCUGCUUCUGGCCGAGACUAGUAUCGGACACAUUAUUAAGUUCUGGUUGAAAGGACCUAAAGCGGGCACUAAGGAGACCGUCCUGAACAACAUGAUUGGUUAUCCUGAUAACAUCCGCUUGAGUGACCGUGGCACAUUUUUGGUGGGCAUAACCACCGUUAGAUUCCACGGCCGACUUUUCCCACCAUUCUUGGAUCUGAUUGGUCCGUACCCUGCUCUUAAGCGCUUCAUAGUAAAGCUCAUUCCUCUCAGCUGGUACAACGUUCUGUUGCCCAAGUACGGGCUGAUUUUGGAGCUGGGGCCUGACGGAGAGGUGGUUGACACCCUACACGACCCCACGGGCAGCCUGACGUGGGCCGUCAGUGAUGUCUUCCAGCAGGGGGCGCACUACUAUCUGGGCAGCACUGACUUGCCAUUUCUUCCUGUGCUGGAGGAGUGGAGCUGACCAUCUGGCUCUCUUAUGUGUGGACAUAAACAUAGGGAAAGUAAGACUUUCGGUAAACUUUCGUUGAUAAUGUAAAAUCAAAACUACAUAUCGUCGUAUCUGUGAAUUCUGUUAUUUAAAGAGGUCCUAUUAUGCUAUUAUUUACAAUUUUUUAACAACUUAAGUGUGUAAUGUUACAGUUUGAGCAUGAAAAAGGUAUGCAAAGUUACAAAGGACAAAGUCUAUCAGUGCGCACUCUUUCUGAACUCCCUGAAAAGGCUCCAUUAAUCUUGAAUACGUCACAAUAUUCCUCAUUUUUAAUAAUUCCCACCCAAACAGACAUAAAAUAAAGGGACAAAGGUUGGUUGAGUUAGUUAGUAGUUUGUUUAUAGUAUGAAUUGUGACAUUUCCCAGACACACGCAGUGUUUGACCAAUCACAACACACUAAUCCAGCUGACCAAUCAGAGCACAUUUUUGCUUUUUGGGAGGAGGAGCUUAAUAGGUAACUAAACCGACAGACUGGGAAGAGAGGUGCUGCAGCAAUAUAAGAAAACAUUCAAGCGUGAAGACCUAAUCUAGUUGACUUUUUUUAAAAUGACAUAAUAUGGCCUUUUUAAGUAUAGUUAAGCCAUUAUGGUUUGUCUAACACAGAAGGAUCACAUUUCGUUUUUACUGAUUUUCUGCACUGCAAAAUGCAUUGGUCAUAGAAAUAUAAGCAUAGCUGUUCCCAUUUAAAAAUGUAUACAUGGUUUUCUUAUGCAAAGGUAAUACAAAACACAGUUAGUGAACUUUAAAGAACAACCCAAUUAUAUAUUUUUUAAAUUUUAAAAUAUUUAAAAAUAUAUCAUGUAUGUUUCACACUAAUAUACUGUACAUAUAUGGUUUCUUGUAAUAAAAUAACUGUUGCAAUUAGAUUAUUUAAUAGCAAUGUCAUUGUGAGCCACAUCAAUUCGUUUAAAAUGCAUUUUUAAAAUAAUUUAAGCAAAAACGACAGCAACAAAAUAUUUUCAGAAUGCUUUUAUCAAUCAAACACACAAGACAAAAGUCCACACCAACCAUAGCAAUGCUACAAACAAAUAUAAUGAAAGAUUUAUGUGCAAAACAUGUCAGACAUGUCGAUCACAGACUGGAAAGUGCUUCACUAAACGGAUAUAUUGAAGUAUUGUGAGAAAGAUCUCUUCAAACACACUUCUUGUGCAUGUCCACCGCUUCUCAGAUCAUUUUGGGUGAUUUGAGAUAUUGCCAAUUCCAGCAGAAGAUUGUUAAAGGUUAAGUAGUAGUCUGAAAGUAACAGUCCCUUAAAUGCUUCAAGUUUGGGUUGCUGUGAACAUAUUCGAGAGCAAAGCGACAGCAACCCAAGCACAGGAUUUCCAAAAAAUGUCAGAUGAUAUUCAAUAACCUGCUGUGAUCCACACCUUUGGCUCAUUCACAACUGACACAAAACGCAAG